AUGUCUUCAUAUACAAUUGAGCAAGUCAAAGCGCACUGCAAGCCAGACGAUGUCUGGAUUAUUCUCCAUAACAAGGUCUACGAUGUGACCAAGUAUCUUGAAGAUCACCCUGGUGGCAGUGCAGUCCUCAUUGAAGUUGCUGGUGCCGAUGCCACUGAGGCCUUUGAGGAAAUUGGACAUUCCGACGAAGCUCGUGAACAGCUUGAGUCAUUCUAUAUCGGUGACCUACCCAACGAGGAGCAUGCCGACUCUGUUGAGGUUUACCGCCCUACCUUCGAACAAGUCUCCCAAGCCGCCGUCAUCAACACCAAGAGAAGCUCAACAUGGUCAUCUCUUCUCCGCGCUGCAAUCAAACUCGGCCUUGGUGGAAUCGUCACAAAAGCAGCAGUAGGAGCCUACCGUCAAGGCUGGACUCCGUCUCAGCUACUACACGCUCUCCCAUCUUUGCUACGCUCUCUCUCCCCGGCCAGUACCCAGAGCCAAAGCAGCUCCACUCCCUUCUGGUUCGGCGUCGGUAUCGCCAGCAUCACACAGUUCUCACUCACCCUCGGUCUGGGAGUCUAUAUCUCAACUAAGCUCGACGUCCAGCAAGAAUUCACCCACUACACUCCCCACCGACCAUCGUCGAAAUCUCGUCUUCUACGCCUCCGACCAACUACCCUCCCACCCAAACCACCUACCCCAGUUCUCUCUCCCCGAGAAUGGCGCCCCUUCACUUUAACAACGAAGACCUGCAUCGCGCCAAAUGUCUACCGACUUAUUUUCGCCCUCCCAAACGCAUCAGAUAUUCUCGGCCUCCCAACAGGCCAGCAUGUCGCCCUCCGCGCAACCAUGAACGGAGCAACAGUCCAACGCUCCUACACACCCAUCUCAAAUAACACAGACCUCGGCCGCAUCGAAUUCCUCAUUAAAUUCUACCCGAACGGCGCCCUCACACAGUACCUCGAAAAGAUGCAAGUCGGCGAAUCCAUCGACAUCCGCGGCCCCAAAGGCGCAAUGAAAUACUCCUCCUCCUACGCAAAAACCAUCGGGAUGAUCGCCGGCGGAACAGGGAUAACCCCUAUGUACCAAGUCAUCCGAGCAAUUUGCGAAGAUCCAUCCGAUACAACUAAGAUUUCUCUCUUGUAUGCGAACAACACAGAAGAGGACAUCUUGCUCCGCGACGAACUUGAAACCUUUGCAAGCAAAUUCUCGCAGAAGUUCCAGGUGCAGUAUGUUCUUAGUCAUCCUGAUGAGAAGUGGAGGGGGUAUAAGGGGUUCGUGAGCGGGGAGAUGAUUGAGAAGCAUAUUGGAGAUGUGAGUAAGGAUGGAAAGGUGUUGCUUUGUGGACCGCCGCCGAUGGUGAAUGCGAUGAAGAAGACGUUGGGCGGGAUGGGGUGGGAGAUUCCGGGCGCUGUUGCGAAGAGUGCGGAUCAGGUUUUUUGUUUUUAG